AUGGAGUCAGAGAAACUCCUCAGUCGUAGACUCAGUACCGACUCCUCAUUCGAUGAAUUGGACAUCGAACAUCAAGUCAAGCCUCAAAGAACACGCCGUUCUCGCUUAGGUCGGGUGGCUCUUCGACUCCUCAUAUCAUGGCUCACCAUCUGGAGUACCGUCAAUGUUUCCACUAAGCUUUACAAGACUUUCCACAAGCCACAGAGAGUAUCUUGUGCUUGUGGUAGUUCUCUUGCUGAAGCCAGGGCCUUGAACUGCAGAUUCGACUCCUUGGCCUCGGCAUGGCUUCGACCAGCCUGUAUCGACGAAGAUCUCACUGCUGAGUUCAACCGAGCUGGCCCAGAAGCUGAUGGAUCAUGGAACUACUACACCGACUCGAAGAAGACUGGUACCUACACACUCGACCAAGUUGCCGCUCUUGCUGAUACUGGUAUCUACUAUUACAACACCCAGGCGUGGCACCUUGCUCACUGCACCUACAACUGGCGUAAGUCGCUCAGAACUAGAUGGACUGGUGUUGUUAUGGAAGCUCGCUCGGAUACAGAGGGCCAUGUCAAGCACUGUGAGGCGAUGAUGAAGAAUGGUCUCCCACUUGACUAUGUUGGAACGGUAUCUGCUAUUACUUUCGAUGCCGACGCCGCUGGACUAAGGGAGAAGAUGAAUGAAAUGCACAAGAUGCACGAAAUGAAAGGCAUGCAUAUGCAUAGCAAUGAAAUGCAUAAUAAUGAGAUGCAUAGCAAUGAAAUGCACGGUACGUUUCCUGCUUUAUUACUCCUGAUGAAUUCUGUUUCCAAGUGGCCGGGAGCAUAUUUCCUCUUUCGACGCGGCUCUCGGCUCUACAGUGAACAAUAA